AUGGUGGCCAACCAAUUAGAGGAUAUUCUCGAGGUUGAAGAGGAGGAAGAACCUUGUGUGACAGCAGCUGGCCCUAACAAUCACACAGAUUCAUCAAAUCCCCAGCCCCCUGAACCUCCAAAACCCCAGAAGAAGAACCGUUGUUGGGUUCGUCAGGGGAAACGUCAACACUUUGAACGUCUAGCACAUUGGAGAGGUGAAAAGAUUGUCUAUGGUCGGAGUGUGACACCGGACGGUCACCAAAAAGUACUAGGAGUGGUAGAUGUGUUUCGAGUGCCCACCAUUGCCAAGCCGCCCCAGUCAUUUCGCGCCACAAAACAAAACCAACACAGGAUCACAAAGAUUAAAUCCCAAGGGGUUGCGGCUCAAGAGAUCCAUGAUAACCGCCAGCCAGAGGAAGGCUGGGAUUUGAAAACCCUGCCCAACGGGACCCUCUACAGUUUUUCCAAACAAAAAGAUAUCGAAUGUGCCAUUGUUUGUACAAAGGAAAUGGUCACCCUUGAAAUCAAAGGCAAAGCUGGAAUACCAAACCUGUUUGAGUCUCAAGAAGUCUUCAAACAUUUGGAUUUUUUUGCUGGACGAUACAUGCAUAUCCCAGUGGGUGGUAAUAAACAACGGGAACAAUCUAAGAAUAAUUGUUACGUAAAUUGA